AUGCAUUUCGCUACUUCUGCUCUGGCCCUCGUUGCCUCUGCUGCUGCUGCCAGCGCCGCCAGCGUCACCUUCUGGACUCUCGACGAUGCCACCCGCACUGUCUACUUCACCCCCAGCGAUGGCUCCUCCCAGCUCGACUCCGUUACCGUCAGCAACGCUGAGAAGAAGGUCGUCCAGUUCCCUGACAACUGGAUCGGAAACUUCUAUGCUAUCCAGGACGGCAAGAACAACGUCCCCGGCAUGCUGGGCGAGGUCAACUUCAACGCUUGGAACGGCCUGACCUACUUCGAUGUCUCUGCCAUCGUCGACCCCAAGGACCACGACAACGUCAAGCAGAUGUGGCCUGCCAAGGGCGAGUCUCCCAUGUCUGGCUGCGAAGUCUUCCCUUGCAACAACUGCUACUGGCUUCCUGAUGACGUCCAGACCAAGGCCACCAAGGAGGUUGACCUCAUCACCACCCUCGGCUCUGGCUCCACCGGCAUGAACUUCGCCGAGGCCCAGUAA